AUGGCGCCUAAAAAAAAGAGUGAAGAUCUUGCGCACUUGCACACUCUUGUUCAGCUCGAGGAAGAGCCGACUCCGCUCACGCAGGAAGACGUGAAAGCUAUGUUGAUUCCUUCAAGCUACAAGUCACACAAGUACACUAUGGAUCUCUGGCUAGAAUUCUUCGAACGCUUCUACCCUGACGAACCCGUAAACCCUAAGUUUGGAGAAGCACCCGCUGUGUACCGUAUUAAGAUGCACCUGUUCUGGCUUGCUGCAACAAGAACUGGCCAGCUGGACGAGAACAUCACAGACACUACUCUUCGAAACCGCCUGUCUUCACUCAAACGAGCCAUCAAGUUAUACACUGGUUACCAAUAUAACUCCGCGCAGAACAAGGAGCUAGAGAACUACAUCACGAAAGAGCUCGUAUAUAAAGAGAAGAUUGGAACUGGGGCUUAUAUCAAGCCAGUAGCUCCUUUGCUUGUCGCUGAGGAUUUGAUCCAAUUUAUGUGGGUGUGCGACGAAUAUCAAUUUGCCCAUCCACGUGCACGUCUACAGUUGGCUUUCUCCAUCGUCCUCAUGACAUAUUUGGGCAGUCGCCCAGGAGAAAUCAUCGAAUCAGCGGCCUGGAAACACAGUAAUGAGGGGCUCCUGUAUGGUGACAUCACUCUCGUACGUUUCCAAAAUGAAGAAUACGUAGGGUUUCUUCUUCAUGUCAAGUUGCGCAACCGAAAAGGACACCGCAACAACAAAAAGCACUCACCUGUAAUGCUUCUCUACGAAGAGCCUACGCGAGCUCUAUGUCCAGUCACACAUUUUUUGGCGCUAGCACUAGCAGACGGAGUGUUCGCGGACUGUCAGUCUUUCCAAGACGUUGCAGCACAGGAACUGCCACCAGGUAGUAAGCUGUACAAAUAUCGCUACAAGCCGGAGGCGAAGGAAAGACCUAUCCUUCGAGGUAUCUGCAACAACGGCGUAGUCUCCGAAAACGAUAUCCUCACAUACAAUUGCUUCAACAACAUGAUCAAGGGUCUUGGACAACGGGCUGGGUACGAAGACAGGCUGAGUGCAUAUUGCUUCCGCAGGGCUUAUGCUGUAGCAGUAGAGAAGACGGCAACUCCAGCUCAGAGGAGGUUACUUAUGGGUCAUUCCAACGAUGAUACGGUCUUGUAUUACAUUUCUGGCAUCGUUGGAGUUGACAGCCAGUCCAUGAUUCACGGGCGAGAGCAAAAGACCAAACUCAUUGACGAAAACACUUCUAUGAUGUCGAAAAGGAAUCUUCUUGCACCAAUGCCUCCCGGAUCUCAACUCACCGACCGUGUCAUACCAAAAGCCAAGGAGAUUAGUAAGACUGUUAAGGAAGUGAGUUUAUUGGAACGAACUCCAAGCCAAGAGUAUGCUAUACGACGGCAAUUCCGAAAAGUCGCGUACCGUAAGCAACGGGAGGCUUUUUUCGGAGGGGAAAGUACUAGCUCUCCCGAUGUUACAACAUCAUCGACUUCUGGACAAACCACAACAAAGCCUUUGCGUACUCCAUCGCGAUAUCUGCAAGCUCUAUUGAAGUUUGAGCCUGAACGGAAAGCUAUGUCGAGACUGCUUUACCCCGGCUGCGCUACGGCAGCUGAUGUCGCGGCCGAAGGAAUUAAGAUUUCGCUCGAUGUCAUACUCGAGCCAAUGGUGAAAAUCUCUCGUCCGGAGAAGAAGCGGUACGCCUAUGCUUCUGCUGCACCCACUAAGGAGAACCGUUGUGGUGUGUGUGGACAUCAGUUUCAUAAGAACAAUAAGAAGUACGUACUCCGCAUUAUGUUGUGUGCUCUACUAACGAUGGCAGAUCAAGGCCGGAUCGAAUGA